AUGAAGGAUGCUUGUAAUAAAGAGCUCCGAGCCCAAACAAUACAGUCCAUUGCAGCGUUUUUCUACCAGGCUGGGGUUGCAUUUAAUGUGGCUAAUAUGGACUGCUUUAAAGAGAUGCUUGCGGCUGUUGGGAACUAUGGGCCGCAUUUAAAGCCUCCAUCAUUCCAUGAGCUUCGCGUUCCGUUACUAAAAAAUGAAGUACAACAUGUGGAGGAGUGGGUCGAAACUCAUAGAACUGAGUGGAUUAAGUACGGUUGUUCGGUAAUGUCGGAUGGAUGGACAGAUAGGAAGCAAAGAACGUUGAUUAACUUUCUUGUCAACGGUUCUAAAGGAACGGUGUUUAUGGAGUCUUUUGAUGCAUCGUCGUAUAUGAAGACUGGUGAAAAGGUUUUUGAGCUCCUAGAUGGGUUUGUGGAAAGGAUUGGGGAACAAAAUGUUGUUCAGAUUAUUACCGACAAUGGGGCCAACUUUAAGCUAGCAGGUAAAAUGAAUGGAAAAGCGGAAAAUCUAUUUUGGACACCAUGUGCAGCGCACUGCUUGGAUCUAAUGCUAAAAGAUAUCGGUAAGAUUCCGGAUGUGAAAAAAAAUAUUGAACAAGCUAUCUUCGUUGUUGGUUAUAUUUAUAACCAUAGUUUUGUCUUGAACUUAAUGAGGGAGUUCACUAAAAACAACGAGCUAACAAGGAGUGGAGUAACAAGGUUUGCAACCACGUUUCUUACAUUACAAAGCUUGCAAAAACAAAAAUGCACUUCGAAAUAUGUUUGCUAG